AUGAGCGCGAUGCCAUUACGCACGCUGCACACGUUUCGUUUGCCAUAUUUGCUGAAAAAACGCAUACAAAUACCAACACAUACUUUCGGGAACAUGAUAAGGUCUGCCUCAUCUGAAUCGGUUCCAGUGACAUCAGCACCGCGCAAGCGUCGUGGCAGACCCAAGCUAUCUGACAAGCUGACAGGGGCGAGCAAAAAUCCAGUUGGGACUUAUCAGCAUAAAACGAUCGAGACGCCUGAAAAAAGCACUACUUUGGAUGAAACCUCAAAUGUCUUACCCGAGCGGCCCAAGAGAACAGUAACGUCCCAGGCUGGGUCGUCCGCGAUACCUAAAUCAUCGACCUUAACAAGGCGGCGGAAAAUGCAAGAUCACUUUUUAUAUACGGAAGAACCACUUUAUACGUAUAAUCCUCCCCUGAACAGCGAGGACAUUGCGUUUUGUCAUCCGCAUCUGCCUCAUCCUUCCAUGUGGAAAUCCAUGUUUGCAUUCAACAGGGAUCAACUAGCCCAAAACCGGUACUUUGUGGCAAAUCGUGGCACGGUGGAUCGAAUCAUCGAUUGCCUUGGACUCAAUGAGCGAGAGUCACAAGGUAUUAAAACUACAAUCGUGGAUGCCUAUUCGGGCCCCGGCACUUUCACUCGAGCCUUUAUGCAACAUCCGAACGUGGAAAGUGUAAUUGCCAUUGACCAAGCUCCUCGUUUUCUUAAAUACCUUGAACAUCUUUAUCAUGAUCCUGCUCUGUCCGAAGUGCAGCACAAACUAAGCAUUGUACACGAUUCGGCAUUUAACUGGAGCUCAUACGAGUCGCUCGUUAAUGACGGACACUUACGCCAUUUAGAGGGACGCAUUCCGAAACUUGGAUCGAACCCGCCGCCUAUGGACUGGCACGCCACGAGCCCUAUAAUCUAUUUUGCUCAGCUGCCUAAUACAGUGCAUGGUGAACAACUCUUUGCUCAGAUUGUACAUGCUAUCUCUUCGCGUUCGUGGCUAUUCAAGUUUGGUCGGGUUAAAAUGGUGUUUGUUUGCGGCGAUACGGUAUCGAUGCGUUCUUUGGCGUCUCCUCAGGACCUUCGAUCGCGAGCCAAGCUUGGUACGGUGGUGCAGUCACUGAGCACACCGCGUCUGCUACUUACAGGGGAUGAUUUAGAACCAUAUGCAAGCCAUAUGUUCCCUCCAACGCCGUCUGUUGGUCCUCGUGUCCCAUUGACAUCGGUGCUGAUACCCAACACUAAUAUCUCGUCGGGUCUGUUGAAACGCAAGCUGUCUGUGCUGGAAGUGGAGCCCCUUAAAGAUCCUUUGAUUGAUGCGCGCGACAUGGAGUCUUUUGAGUUUUUAACGCGUAAUAUGUUUGUGCUCAAGACUAAGACAGUAGAAGAAGGUCUCAAGCAUGUCAUGCCAGGUGCUAACAAUGUGCUUCGCCUGCUCUCACCUUCUCACCCGCGCAUGAGGGACCGCCCUGAGGACGUCGUCCUGCCUGAUACCCCAAUUGUGCAGCUGACCAACCGCCAAUGGGCUUCGUUAGCUGAAGCUUUUGAAAAGUGGCCCUUCAAGCCUACCAUCUACAUGGACGAAGGCCGCAUUCGUCACCAACUAAGUGAUUCUCUUGUUUAA